AUGAGCGACGCCUCAAACCAACCAGCUCGCGCGGGAUCUCUCACGCCGGAGAUGAUAGAAUUCGCAAGUAGGAUGUACGAUGCGGCGAGAAAGGGAGACAUGGCUACGUUUGAGCAGGCUCUUCCAGCAGGCUUACCUCCAAAUCUGACAAACGACAAGGGAGAUACUCUGCUUAUGCUCGCUGCGUAUCAUGGCCAUGCCGAUUUAGUAAAGGUCCUCGUCCAACAUGGUGCGGACCCUAAUCGCCUCAAUGACCGAGGACAGAGUCCUCUCGCUGGGGCGGUGUUCAAGAAGGAAGAUGCAGUAAUCCAAGUGAGUCAUUCUCUGAAGUUGUUCUGUAUCAGAAUACCUUUUUAUAGGGAGCUGAAUUGCAAUAUUGACAAGAAAAUCAAGGAGUUGCUAGAUGGCGGCGCGGAUCCUGAAUACGGACAGCCAAGUGCUGCUGAGUGCAUCACAAUGUUCAAACAGGAGGAUACUUGGAAGUCGAAAUUUGAUGCUGCCCCAGGCAAGGGACAGGCUGGAAAGACAAGGGAGGCCGAGGGUAAGAAGUGA